AACUCCUCUCACUACGUGAUUCUGAAACCCCACUCAAUGAGGAAGAACAACCCUUAUUGGAAAAUACAGACAGGGAGGAAAGAGGCAUAGUAAACAAGGCAGAUAACUGAAAAAAACCCAUCAAAUAAUAUAGCCAACACGUGCGCGCAAAACAGAUUAUUUAGCGAGUAUUCAUUAUAGGCACGCUAUUCGUUCUGUAUGUAACGUUACUGUGUUGCCACUGCACGCUAGAUAGCGCUAGCUAGGGAACUUGUAACUCACGUUAGCUAGCUGGCUAGCAAGCUCCCUUUCCCAGUAGUAGCAGUGCCAUCACAACGCUCCCAGAAUGAUCGCUUUGAUCAACAAGCUCCUUGACUGGUUUAAAGCACUAUUUUGGAAGGAGGAGAUGGAGUUGACUUUGGUGGGGCUACAGUAUUCGGGAAAGACAACCUUCGUGAACGUGAUUGCGUCAGGCCAGUUCAGUGAAGACAUGAUUCCCACAGUGGGCUUCAACAUGAGGAAAAUCACCAAGGGAAACGUCACCAUUAAGCUGUGGGAUAUCGGUGGUCAGCCUCGAUUCAGGAGUAUGUGGGAGCGAUACUGUCGAGGAGUCAGUGCCAUCGUGUACAUGGUUGAUGCAGCUGACCCAGAGAAAAUCGAGGCCUCUAAGAAUGAACUACACAACUUGUUGGACAAGCCCCAGCUCCAGGGUAUUCCUGUCCUUGUCUUGGGGAACAAGAGAGAUCUUCCUGGGUCGCUUGAUGAGAAAGAGCUGAUUGAGAGGAUGAACCUCUCAGCCAUCCAGGACAGAGAAAUAUGCUGUUACUCUAUCUCUUGCAAGGAAAAGGACAACAUUGAUAUAACACUACAGUGGCUGAUCCAGCACUCCAGAACCAAGCGGAGCACUUCAUGAGAACCUCAUCUCACGGUCACAGCCCUGAGACCGCCCCACAGACCUGCACAGGUCCCUUACACCCUGUCCUCUAUCCUCCCAAGCUUGUCCAUUCUCCCCCUAUUUUCUUUGGAUGGCCCUCUCUUGCCAAGACUCCUUGCCUGAUUCCACUCUCCUGAAGAGAGCCUGGAAACGUUUUACUUGCACUGUUCAUUUUCUUUUUUGUAAUAUAAUAAUUAUUGUAGUGACAUAUGACCUCUGAUGGAUAAAGUGGUACUUAGCUGCCCUGAAAAAUGAAAAAAAUGAUAAUUGUGUUCAUAUUUCAUACUUCAUCAUCUCUGUUGAUGUUGAGGUUCAUAUUCAACUGAUCCGGAGACAGGGCGGAGUACUGUACGUAACCUCUGAUCCCAAUAGGUAGAAAAGACUAUGGACUCUGAACCCUGCAUCAAUUAACAGCCCCAAGUCAAGUUUAGAAUGCUGAUAUCAAAUCUCAAACAAUAUAAGACUCAGGCCAUAGUCUUAUCACUUCCCAAUGUCGGUGCUCAACUGAAAUGGUACUGUACAUGUAUGUACCUUUUUUGAAGGGGGAGCAUUGCGCCAUUUGAUUUAAAUACUUGGAGUGUGUACAAGUAUCUCCGCCUCUCAUUUUUUAAAGGCUAAUGGUAGGUGUUGUUAAAGAGUACCCUUGACGUAAUCUCUAUUGUCAAUAUAUAUCUAUAUAUACAUUUGCCUGAUAUGUCGUCAUCUCUGUCUGUCGCCCUGACACCCUUCUGUUACUUUAGAAACAGCAGACAGGGUUUCUUUAAACUAAGCAACCUGGCCUUUUUAAAUGUUCAUAGGCCAUGUCUAUGGUCAAGCAUUAUCUGCAACACAUGGUUUAUAAACAAAAUAUAUAUUUAUCGAUUUUUGCAUAUUCUUUCCCCUUUCUUACCAUUAAUUUAUGUAAUAGCUCAUUUCCAACCAGUAAUGUACAGAUACUACUUGGCCAGUUUUUGUCUCAUCACGAGUCAUGAAUAACCCCAUUAUAAAAUGUAAAAUCUGUUAUUCAGUGACUGUUGAUAAAGAAGUCCUCUCGAUACAUUGUGAUUGUACAGGUGCCAGCCAUAUGAACUAACGGUGAAGGCUUCUAUCUAAUUUUGUAUAAACUAAACUUACAUGUCUAUGAAUUAUUCUGCUUCCUACAUUGCCAAAAUUACCUAAGUCAUUUUUGAUUAUUGACAACCCGCAGCAAAAUAUCUUUACUUACUUAUUUGUUUGCAUGCUUGGGCAUAAGUAUUUGUGGGACCUUUGAGAAUGAACUAAAAAUUGUUAUUUUUUAUGGCAAAUAAUAGUAAAUACUGUAUCUGGUUUAACCUGUUUGUACAUUGUUUCAAUUAAAUUGAUGAUUGUGUAUAAUACUAACUAAAAACAAUGGUGAAAACAACUUCA